AGUAGAGUAGAGUAGGUAACUAACUAGUAUAUAUAAACUUAACCCAAUUUCAUGUUUUGUAACCAAAACAAAGGCUAGAGUUAACUUAAAACUUCUUCACUUUCAUCUCUCUCUCUUUCUCUCUCUACAAGAAUUGUGAUGGUAGAAUGAAGAAGGAAGAUGGUGGUGAAAUCUAAUAAUGCAAAAUGGAUAGCUUUCCUUGUCAUAAUAUUAUCAUUUUUCUCUCUAUUUCAACACUUAUUUUUUGCUAGGUUUUCAUCUCUUACUUUGCUUAAUUAUGCAAAAUCUGGAGCUAAUAUUCAUUCAAUUCCAAGGAAAACAAAGAAAAAGAAAAUUCAUAAUGGAAAAUUAGGAGAAGGGGUUAUAAAAAAACAUCUCCAAUCUUCACAGCCUAAUCUCCAUAAUCAAAGUCUAAGUCUAAGCAUUGAUAAUGGAAACUAUGUCAAUAACACCAACAAUGUGUUCCAUGAUGAGAACAUAUUCCAAGAAGAUUACAAACAAAUGAAAAAGAGCUUCAAAAUAUAUGUCUAUCCCCACAAAAAAAAUGACCCUUUUGCAAAUAUUCUCUUGCCAGUAAAUUUUGAGCCAAGUGGUAACUAUGCAAGUGAAAGUUACUUCAAGAAAUCCCUCUUCAACAGCCAAUUCAUCACCAAGAACCCGAAAGAGGCCGAUCUCUUCUUCUUGCCCUUUUCGAUUGCUCGGUUGAGACAUGACACGCGAAUUGGUGUUGAAGGCAUACAAAAUUUCAUCAGAGAUUACAUAACAAAUGUUAGUCAGAAAUAUCCUUAUUGGAAUAGGAGUGAUGGUGGUGACCAUUUCUAUGUUGCUUGUCAUUCUAUUGGAAAAUCAGCUAUGGAGAAAACAAGUGAAGUGAAAUUUAAUGUUAUUCAAGUUGUUUGUUCAUCAAGCUAUUUUGUAGCUGCCUACAUUGCCCAUAAAGAUGCUUGUCUUCCUCAAAUUUGGCCAAGGAAAAAUAACCCUCCUAAUCUUUUUUCACCCAAGAGGAAAAAGCUUGCAUUUUUCGCGGGAGGAAUCAACUCGCCAGUACGAGAAAAGCUUCUUCAAGUGUGGAGAAAUGACACCGAAAUCUUUGUACACUAUGGUAGGCUUAAAACACCCUAUGCUGAUGAGCUUCUUGGGAGCAAGUUUUGUCUCCAUGUCAAAGGUUUCGAAGUAAACACAGCUCGAAUUGCGGAUUCACUCUACUAUGGUUGUGUUCCUGUUGUAAUUGCCAACUACUAUGAUCUACCUUUCAAUGACAUAUUGGAUUGGAAAACAUUCUCAGUCAUUGUUCCAACUAUGGACAUUCCUUUGCUCAAAGAAAUCCUUAAAAAUAUCAGUUAUGAUGAAUAUUUGAGGUUACAAAGUAAUGUGUUGAAGGUGAGAAAACACUUUCAAUGGCAUCUUAAACCUAUUGACUAUGAUGCUUUUCACAUGGUUAUGUAUGAGCUUUGGCUUCGUAGAAGUUUCUUGAGAUUUCCUGAAAAUUAUUAACCAAUGGAAUUGAUUAUAUGUUUUUCUUUUUUUUGGUGGAAUAAAUUGUAAUUUCAAAAAAAUAGAUGUUGAAGAAAUCUGAGUUGGGAAAA